AUGGCCGGUCUCGAGGGCUCUCUGAUCCAGCUAAUCCUGCGCAUGUUUGAUUCGGUUACCUACCAAGCCGCGAGGAGCGCGAAUGGUUCAGUGUACCUUAUCCACGUCGCCACUCUCGCACGCGGCCAGCACAAGGUCGCAUGCAUGUCGCCUCUUUAUGAAGACGGAUCCCACGUCAUACGCAUUGGUCUGCCCGUCCAAGUUUAA